AUGCCCGAAAAGGAGGCGGAUUUCCAGGCCGCGAUGUCGGCAGGUCUUCCGAUGCAGUUUCCCUCGGCUUUCGCGGCUUUUCAUGCUCCUUUGCCGGUGGAUCAGAGAACUCAUGACGGAAGAUACGUGUGGGACCACAGGAUGCAGCCUCCUGGUGGGGCUUUUCAUCCUCCUGCGCCGUCAAGGUACUCGUGUACUCGGUCGGUACGGUUGUUCUCGUUUUUACCGGCCGAGAUGCUGUCAAAUGUCGGCCGGGGCGGUAUUUCGACUGUCAGCUGUCAACUUUCGGAGAUCCAACUAGUGUCCAGCGAGCGUUUUCGUCAGGACGAGACUCAAGGUCGCAACUGCAACAUUUUGAUGCUAUCUGAUGUGACAGGAUUAUUUACUGUUCGUACUCAUGAUACUGAAACCAGUAUCAUGGAUCGUACUUGA